CAACUAACCAUACACAGGAUGACAGAUACCUUAACCUCAAUCAAUAACAUAACCUUACAAGAAUAACAACAAUUUUGCUGAAGCAGCUGAUCUGAAACUCCUAUUUUAAUAAAAUUUAUAUUAAAAUGAAAAGAUAUUCUGAGAAGGGUGCACCUAGAGAUUGUGGUAGCUCUGGCUUUGGAAAUGACGAUGAUGAGUAUCACUUAGAAUUAGCCAAACAGUACAUUAUUGAUCAUGGAAAAAAUCCGCCAAGGCCUUCACAUUUGAAAGGAAGAGCUAUAGGUAUAUGGCAUUCUAAAAUGUCCAACCUGAAGAAGUCGUUACUUCAACAAAAAUCUCCUCCGAAUUCUCUGAGAAAGAAGGAAAAGAAAAAAUUUGAUAGUUCAAUGGGUGAUGUUUCCUUGACGAGAGCUCAAAAAUUCGAAAUAAAAGAAGUCCUUAAAUACGUACCAGACCAAGUAGACUGUUCGUCCAACUCCUACAGCAACAUCAGAGAUUCGCAAUUCAAAAGGGAGUUCUUACAGAAUAUAAAUGGUAAACUGGAGGAUCAUAUUGACAGUAUGGAAGUGGAGCACCAAGAUUCAAACCUCGACCAAAUAUUAUACGAUGAUUUGAAACAAAAACAUGAUAAUCAAAGGUACUCACAAAUGCUCAAACGUAGAAGUACGCUACCGUGUUAUAAAGUGAAGGACGAUAUAAUUAAAUUGGUGGAUUCCCACCAAGUUAUAUUAAUCAGUGGUGAGACUGGUUGCGGUAAGACCACACAAGUACCCCAAUUCCUUCUAGACCACUUCAUCGAGAAGAAAAAAGGUUCGAUGUGUAAGUUAGUGUGCACCCAGCCCAGACGAAUUAGUGCAAUAUCAGUGGCAGAAAGGGUCGCGGAAGAGCGAGCUGAAGCCUUAGGAACAAGUUCCGGCUAUCAGAUACGUCUCGAGAAAAUAUGCCCGAGAAACAGAGGAUCCAUAACGUUCUGCACUACGGGAGUUGUUCUGAGGCAGAUGCAGGCCGAUCCGUGUCUCUCAGAGUACACCCAUAUAAUCAUAGACGAAAUCCAUGAAAGGGACAUCCAAUCAGAUUUCUUGAUAACCCUCCUGAAACAGGUGAUGACGAGAAGGAAAGAUCUCAGAAUAGUCCUGAUGAGUGCAACACUGAACGCUGAGAGUUUUUCACGUUAUUUCAACGAUUGUCCCCACCUAAAUAUACCCGGUUUCACGUAUCCCGUUGAAGAGUAUUUUUUGGAAGAUGUGCUACUCCGGACUAAGUAUAGGUUCGAAGACGCCUCCAGGUUUAAACCGAAGAAGGGCGAACUGCCGAACCUGAAUAAAUUCUACUCCUUCAUCGAUCAACACAUAAGGCAACUGAAAGAACGAAAAGAGUACAAUCGAGAUGUGUAUAGUCAGUUGAGGAAUCCGAAUAGUGAGAAACUGGAUCUGACGUUGGUAUAUGAGCUACUCCGAUACAUUUGCGUCAAGGAAGACGACCAGGGAGCUGUGCUAAUCUUCCUGCCUGGUUUCUCCGAGAUCUCCGAUCUCCACAAGAUGAUAGAAACGUCUGGGAAAUUCCCGAAGAAUCGCUUUCUAGUAAUUCCCCUUCAUUCGCAAAUGCCGACUGUUCAACAAAGAGAAGUGUUCAACGCGCCCCCCAAAGGCGUUCGAAAAAUAAUCAUAUCCACCAACAUCGCAGAGACCUCCAUCACAAUAGACGACGUAGUUUUCGUCAUCGACUGUGGUAGGAUGAAGGUGAAAUCUUACGACAAGACCACCAACACGGAAACUUUGGAAACUAUGUACGUGUCCAAGGCCAACGCCAGUCAGAGGAAGGGCAGGGCCGGUCGAGUGAGGCCAGGGGUGUGUUUUCACCUCAUAAGUAGGGCCAGAUAUGAAACUUUGGAAACGUACAUGUUGCCAGAAAUUCUAAGGAUCCGAUUGGAAAACGUCAUACUUACGGCGAAAAUCCUACAGUUGGGUAAAAUAGAAGAUUUCUUCUCGAAACUGAUGGAUUCCCCGGAUCCUAACGUGGUAACUACGUCCUUGAACCUUCUUAAACGUUUAGAAGCACUGGACGAUAAUGAAUCCUUGACGCCCUUAGGUUAUCAUUUAGCCAAACUACCCCUAACCCCCCAGAUAGGUAAGAUGCUCUUGUUCGGAGCGCUCUUCAACUGCCUGGAGCCCAUACUGAACAUAGCGGUCGUCCUGGAUUACAGAGACCCAUUCGUCCUUCCUCUCGGCAAAGAGAAGAUUGCCGAUAAGAAACGUAAAGAAUUCGCCAAUGGAUGCCAGAGCGACCAUCUAUUCAUGGACAAAUUGAUCAGCACCUUCGAGAGUUUGAGUGCCAGCGAACGGAAAAAGUUCUGUUGGGAAUAUUUCUUGAGUUGGUCCACGAUGACCCAACUCGUGAAAUUGAAGAAGGACUUCAUGGAGAAUCUCCGUCAAUUGAGCUUCGUGCCGAGCGCCAAACCCAACUGCCGGGAAUGCAACUGUAACUCGGAAAACGUUGACCUGAUCAGGGCUGUUGUCUGCGCUGGAUUGUACCCGAACAUAGCGAUAACAAGCUCGAAAGGGAAAAGGAGACCAUUCAGUAUACUCCGUCUCAUCAACAACAGAAAAGUCGAUUUUCACCCCAAAUCUGUGUUAGCUAACGAGCAUGUAAACAGCCCGUUGAUAAUCUAUUAUAACCUGGUGAAAAGCAGUAACAUGUACAUACACGAUGCGACUCCGGUGGAUCCUUUCCAUAUCAUUUUUUUCGGAGACAACUUCGAACAGAUUACGGAAAAUGGUCAGCAGUUCAUCGAGAUAAAUUCGUUGAAAUUCAGAUGUAAGAAUACCACAGCUAACGUGAUUAGGGCGCUAAAAGACAAGCUCAAUAACUUCCUUGAAUACCAGAUAUCGCACCCCAAUGUUGUGGAUUUGAGGGGUGAAGAUGAGAAAACGCAGCUUUUCAGGACAAUAAUUAAAGUUUUGACUGGUGAAGAAAUGAAAGACUGCCAGUUGGAUGAGGGAGAUGGACAGGAAAUAGACCUAGAUGCAGAAGAAACACUCUGAUACUGAUUCCCAAAGUUUUUGGUAUUUAUUAUACCUCAAUGUGUAUAAAUCUCACAUUAUUAGCUGAACCAAUGGCUGUAUUCAAGUUAAGUUAAUAAAACUAGAAAACACA